GAUUUUUUUUUUACAGUCUGUCCCUACACUCAGUCAUCCUAAUCUAGCCUUCAUACUGGAGGCAUCUUUUUGCCUCUGCCCCAGGUAGCCUGUAGUUUCCUUCAGCCCUAAACCACAGCCUUCUGUGACCUCCUAAUCUGGGUCUGCCUGAGGUUCUAUUUGCUGUUUGGAGGUUGUGCCCUGGUUUUCCGUGAAUGCUCCUAUAAGGCUGUCCUUCCUGUUCUUAGGUACUCUCCCUUCAGCACAGUGGUUCCGACUCAUCCCAUGCCCAGUUUGCUGCCUACUGGAAGCCAGUGCUGUCCAUGGAUGCUAAUUCAUGGCAGCGCUGGCUGCACAUGCAUCGCCUGGUGCUCAUCCUGGAGCACGAUACACCAAUCCCCAAGCACUUGCACACUCCGGGCAGCAAUGGACGCUAUAGCACUAUCCAGUGCAGGAUUUCCCACUCCUCACUGACCUCUCUGCUUCGGGACUGGAGCAGCUUCGUGCUAGUGGAGGGCUAUUCUUACGUCAAGCUGCUUUCCAGCGCCCCAGAUCAGCCCCCUUCCUCCUUCUACAUGGUCCGCAUCAUUUCCAAGGCGCCAUGCAUGGUUCUUCGCCUGGGUUUUCCCAUUGGCACAUCAGCACAGGCCCGGCACAAGAUUGUGUCAGACUUGAGAGAAGAGAUCCUGCAAUUACGUUUCCCCCACCGAGUACAAAGCAAGGAGCCAACACCAAAGGUGAAACGCAAAGGGCUGGGGGGUACUGGUGGGGGCAACUCUCCCUCUAAGUCACCCCCCAUGCUGGGACCACAGCAGGCCCUGUCUGACCGGCCCUGCCUUGUGGUCCUGCAUAAGCCACUGGACAAGCUACUAAUCAGGUAUGAGAAGCUACCCCUGGACUACCGGGCACCUUUCUUGCUGACACUGGAGCCACCAGGGCCACUGCCAUUGGUGUCAGGCCGCUCAGCCUCUUCCAGCCUAGCGUCACUGUCGCGCUACCUUUAUCAUCAGCGCUGGGUCUGGAGUGUCCCGUCAGGGCUGGCCCCUGCGCUGCCCCUCAGCGCUAUCGCCCAGCUGCUCUCCAUCCUCACUGAAGUUCGUCUGUCUGAAGGGUUCCACUUCGCCUGCAGCGGGGAAGGAAUCAUCAACAUGGUCCUGGAGCUUCCAGUUCAGAAUGAACCGCCUGGGCAGGAUGCAGCUGAAGAGAAACACACGUGCGUUGUCCAGUACAUCCUUUUCCCCCCACACUCUACCUCCACCAAAGACAGUUUCUCAACAGACGAUGACAAUGAUGUGGAGGUGGAGGCUCUGGAGGGAGACUCAGAGCUCAAUCUGGUCACAGAGGUCUGGGUGGAGCCACAGUGUGGGCAUGUGGGACCUGGCCCUGGAAGCUGGAAGCACCUCCAGGACUUAACAUACCCUGAGAUCCCUCAGGCUCUCCACCCACGGGAUGCUGCCUGCAUAGGCUCCAUGCUGAGCUUUGAGUACCUGAUACAGCUAUGCCAGAGCAAGGAAUGGAGUCCUCUGCCCCAAGAGCCAAGGGUCUCUGAUGGACUGGACCAGGGAGGAGACACCUGUGUUUAUGAGAUCCCUUUCCAUUUUGACCUAAUGGGAUUGUUGCCACAGUGCCAACAACUCCAGAUGUUCUUCCUUCUGCUUUCACAAGGUGCAGAGGGACUAGUAGUGGGGGGCCAUGGCAUCCCGAAGGAUCAAGCAGUCAGCAGCGUCCUGGCCACUGGAGACUCAGCUCUUACCAACCUGAGUGUAGGUCCUCCUGAAACUCUCAAGCCUCUCAUCCCUGCCCAGCCCCUUCAGUGGCGCUGCUAUGCAAGACUUGUGACCCCUCAGCAUGUAUUUCUAAGUUUUCUCCCAGCUACCUUCUCAGAUGUCCGGCGUCUCGCUGCCUAUGGCUUGGAGGGGCCUUCUCAAGAGGAGACAAAGCCUAAGUUUGGGGAUUGGAGUGGGGCCCCCAGCCUCAAAGAUCUGGGAGGAACUGGGGUCAAGACUACAAAGCCCCAGGUUCCUGUCCUUAGUGUAACCCCAGCCAGUGACAAUGCCCAGAAUCAAGGAGAGCUGAGCCCACCCUUCUGUCGGGACUUACAGGCUUCUACUGGGCGUCAGGCUCCCCAAACCGAGGGUGCAGAUGGGCCCCGGACCCGGUGUCCUGUCUACAUCUAUAGCUGUUCCCUAGAAGCACUGAGGGAGCAAAUGGUUGGCAUGCAGCCUCCUCAGGCACCUCAAGACCUCAUCUUCCGGACUCAGUUCCUCGACCACUCCUCCCCAUCCUCAGCCUGGAUGGAGCCCAGGUACAAGGAAGCAGCCAACCAUUGUGCCUUGUUGCAGGAGCAUGCACAGCGAUGCUACGUCCGUGGGCUGUUCCGGAGCUUGCAGCAAGCACAGAGCGUGACGUCCCAGGACUUGCUGACAGCAGUAGAUGCCUGUGAGGAACUACUGCAAGAAGUGGACAUCACCCACUUUCUGCUCACACUGUGUGGUCACACUUGUGGUUUGCCUCAUGCCCCGCCAAGCCCUGGUCCUCUCAGCCCCGGGCUCUUCAGCAGCAGCAUCGAGGAGGGCCCCGAGCCUCGGGAACGAGCUAUCCUAGCUUCUGAGUCCAGCAUAGAGACCGAGGACUUAAGCGAGCCUGAGUUCCAGAGCACUCGUGUCGCUGGCCAUCUAGACCCUGGCCCAGAGAUCUCUCUGACAGACAUCUGCCAGCUCAGAGGACAGGCACAUGAUGCCCUUCAUAGCCUCAUCCAGGAGAAGUUCCUGGAGAUUAGUCGUCUUCACUUCCAAACAGUGCCCUCCAAUCCCCACUACUUCUUCUAUUGCCCUCCAUCCAGCAGGCGAGAGGAUGAGGGCCCCCGGGACACAGUAGACAGAAAAGUCAGUGACCUGGAGUUUUCAGAGGUUGAGCUGAUAGGAGAAGAAGGAGACACAUCUGCCUGCUGUGUGGUCACUGAGAGUGACCCAGAGCUGGAGGUGGAGUACCGUGAGAGCCGAGAACCAGACCUGGGGCCUGCUGGGCUAGACUCUGCCUCGUUGUCCGACGCAGACACUGUGAACCCUGAUGAAGACUCCUUCAGUAUCCUAGGGGGUGACUCACCCACUGGGCCAGAGAGCCUCGUGCAUGAUCUGCCACCACUCUUCUUGCACCUCACGUGCUCCAUGCGGCUGCGUGGGCAGCACAGCUCAGUACCUGUGUGCAGCCUGCCCACCUGCCUGGGCCAGGUGCUGUCCAGCCUGGAGGGUCCCCCCAUUGGAGGCCGAGUUCCCCUGAGGGACCUCAGUGUCACUCUGGAUGUCUUCGUACUGACCUUGCCCCUAGAAGUGGAACUUCCCCCGGCUUCCGACCCCCAGCACCACCGGUCGACAUCUGAGAGCAGUGCUUCAUUCCCACGAUCCCCAGGGCAACCAUCAUCUUUAAGAUCAGAUGAUGGCCUGGGGCCCCCACUGCCACCUCCAGGAGGAGAGAGGCACCCAGGACUGUCCAACUUGGCCACACCCCACAGGCUGGCAAUUGAGACCACCAUGAGUGAGAUCCGCUGGUUGCUGGAGGAUGAGAUGGUGGCAGCACUUCGCAGAAGGGGUAUCCCCCAGAGCUCUGCCCUGCGCCAUGUAGCUGCCCACAUCCACAGCUCUCCAGGGCGCUCCACCUGCGUUCGCCAAACUUUGCCACUGAGUUUUGUGUUUGGGCCAGAACGUUCCCUCACACAAUUCAAGGAGGAGUUCCGCCGCCUCCACCUUCCUGGCCAUGUUCUUCUUGAGGACCCUGACAGUGACUUCUUCUUUGUGGCAGCUGGCCAACAGCCAGGUGGGUCCCACGGGGAGCCACCUCCAGUAGCCUGGGCUUGGCACAGCCACGAAGAUAGGGCUGAAGACAUCGAAGGGGAGGCCCUGACGGCCAGCCCCCAAGCCCCUGGCUCCCCAGAGGAUUCUGAGGGCCCUCCCCUCAUCAGCCUGCACAGCCUGCCACAGGGAGGGAGCCAGUCUGGGCCCAGCCGGGGACUAAGCCUUAUGUCCAGUCAGGGCAGUGUGGACUCAGACCACCUCGGUUAUGAUGGUGGCAGCAGUGGCUCAGACAGUGAGGGUCCCUCUGAGACCCUUGGUGAGAAGGCCCCUUUCACACUGCGAACUCCACCUGGGCCAGCACCUCCACAGCCUUCACUCUCAGGCCUCCCUGGACCCUGUCUGCCUGACUUUUGGCUUAUCGUCCGGGUACUGCAGGAUCGUGUAGAAGUAUAUGCACAUGCACGGAGCAUGAUACGGGAGGAUGGAGGGCCAGGCACUGAGUGUCGCCACCUGCAGCAGAUUCUAGUGAGGCGAGUUGGGGAGAUCUGCAGGGAGGUCAACCAGCGACUGCUUCUUCAGGACCUUCAUGACAGUCAUGUGUGUAACUCUCUUCUGGUGGCUGAGAGCGAAGAAGAUCUGUGGCGCAGUGAGACCCCCUUCCAUUCCCGUCAGCGGGUACCACUGCCCAGCGAUGAUUAUGCUGCUGAUGAGAGCUGUGCACCCCGAGGGUACCUAGCAGCCACAAUGCAGUUUGUCCCUGGACAUUUCUCCUGUGACGUUGUGUGGGGAACUGUGAUCCGAGUCCACUCACGCCUCAAGAUGGGGCCCAGCAUGGGAGUUUCUCGGGCCAUCCAGGCCCUGCGCUCUGUGCUCAAUGCCUUCUCUGUGGUGAACCGGAAGAAUAUGUUUGUCUAUCAGGAGCGAGCAACACAGGCUGUAUACUAUCUUCGGCUCCUAGAGACAUCCUGCAGUGACCGGCCAUGGGAAGGGGAUGCUGGGCCCCCAUCUCUCGCCCUGUCCCGGAGCCAGGAGCCCAUCUUCCCUGACGAGGCCUCGGGUCCUCGUUCUCCCCUGGACAUGGCCUCCAGCCGCAGUUCAGAUGCUGCUCGUCCUGUGGGCCAAGUGGACAGACACAUCCAGCUGCUGGUACAUGGUGUAGGGCAGGCAGGUCCCGAGAUCACAGAUGAACUAGUACGGGUACUGCGUCGGCGCCUGGAUGAGGCCACGCUGGAUGUCAUCACAGUCAUGCUUGUUCGGAACUGCAAGUUGACACCAGCUGAUGUGGAGUUCAUCCAGCCCCCUGGAAGCCUCCCCUCUGAGGUGCUGCAUCUGGCCCUGCCCCCCUCCUGCAGGGCCUGGCUUCCUGCCCUGGCCUGGUACCUGCGGCAGAACCUGCUCAUCUUCCUGCACUCUCCCAAGUACACAGACAGCAAUAGCCGGAACCACUUCCAACAUCCACUCCCACCACAAGGCGGCCUCCCCGACUUGGACAUCUACUUGUAUAACAAGCCUGGUGGACAGGGCACUGGGGGCAAAGGAGUCGCCUGCAUCACUCUAGCCUUUGUGGAUGAGGGAGGGACCCCCAUCUCACUGGCAUCAUGGCCCCCCACUUCUCCUGGGCCCCCAGACCCACUGCAAGAGGAGGAGUUUGAGCAGCUAACCCAGGUCACAUGCUGCCCAGUCAUGCUGGACGGUUCUUCAGCUCAGAGUGGGGCCCCACGACUUCGGUUGGAUGUGUGGGAAAAGGGAAACAUAAGUAUUGUGCAGCUGGAGGAAAAGCUCCAAGGAGCAGCUCGCCAGGCCCUGGCUGAUGCCGUCAUGGAGCUGCGGCUGCUGCCAGCUUCACUGUGUACAGAGGAUAACCCCCCAGGAAGUCUCAGAAGUGGAUCGUUGGAAACCAAGAGCACUGCAGGCCGAGCUAGCACUUUUCCCCCUGCGCCUGUCCCUGGGGAACCUGUGACUCCACCCAGCAAAGCUGGCCGGCGCAGCUUCUGGGAUAUGCUGAGUAAAACAGAAUGUGGGGAUUUGGGUUCCCCCAAAACAACUGACGACAUUGUCCUGGAUCGGCCAGAAGACACUCGGGGCCGGAGGCGUCACAAAACUGAGAAUGUGCGGACUCCUGGAGGAAAUGAGCGGGCACCAGGCCCAGAUUCUGGAGCCCAGAGACAAAGACGCCGGAUGACACAGCUAGAAGAGGGCGAGGUGGGGACCCUGCAUCCUGUGUUUGCUCACGUCAGUCGGCGCUGGAUGGAGUUUAUGGUUCAGAUUGGGUGUAUCUCAGUGUCCAGGAGCUCCACCCACAUGGUGUCCCGGUUCCUCCUUCCAUCCAUCCUGUCUGAGUUUACCACCUUGGUCACCUCAAUGGCUGGAGACACCAGCGUCCGGGUCUUUGAGCUGCAUUUGGGUUCAGAAUCAGAGAUCUUCAGUCCUUGUUCCCCUGGACAACUGGGCCCAGCUCCCCGUCCAGCAGCAGAGCGGCAUCUGCUGCUUCUGGGAAGGAACUUCUUGCAGUGGAGGAGACCAAUCCAGCAAGCUGCCAAAGCCAUGCAGCGCUUCGAACCAGGAGGCGAUGGGAGCUCAGGGCGGAGUGCUCCCCGGCAGAGGCUCUUGCUGCUGGAGGUCGUAGACAAGAAGCUACAGCUGCUGACCUACAACUGGGCUCCAGACCUAGGGGCGGCACUGGGCCGAGCGCUCGUUCACCUUGUGCAGUGGCAGAAUGCUCGGGCCCAUCUUAUCUUCUGCCUACUCAGCCAGAAGCUUGGACUCUUCCACCAUUAUGGCCAGUUGGAUUUCCCAGUGAGAGAUGAAAAGGAGCCAAACCCAUUCCUACUGCCGACCAUGGAAGCAGAGACCCUUAUCCGGAGUGCAAGUCCCCCACUGAGCCGUGAGCAGGGCCGGCUGAGUGGGUCCUCACGUGGUGGGGGCCCCCUUCCCCUGGAUACAUUCCCCUUCGAUGAGGCCUUGAGGGAUAUCACGGCUGCCCGCCCCAGCUCCACACUCAGCCCUGUGCCCAGAGUCCCUGAUCCCGUCACUUACCAUGGGCAACAGUUCCUGGAUAUCAAGAUGACAGAGCGCAGAGAGCUGGAGCGCCAGAUGAAGAUGGAGAACCUGUUUGUAACCUGGCAGCAGCGUUCUGCCCCAGCCAGCAUGCCCAUCAGUGCAGGGGAGCUGGAGACCCUGAAGCAGUCAUCCCGCCUGGUGCAUUACUGUGCAACAGCCCUGCUCUUCGACCCAGCUGCCUGGCUGCAUGGGCCCCCAGAGACUUCUGGGCACCCUGAGGGGCAGCGGCGCCAUCGCCCUGAGUCGGGAUCUGGGAGCCGAGAGGCACCCCCAGGCUGCGAAUCCUGUGAUGUGCCUCUGCCAGGAGCCCGUGAGGAGCCGUGGCUGAAGGAGCUGAGCUUGGCUUUCCUGCAGCAAUAUGUGCAGUAUCUGCAGAGCAUAGGCUUUGUGCUGGUGCCCCUGCGGCCCCCCUCACCUGCCCGCAGCGCUAGCCGGCUGCGGGCCAUGGCUAUCCUUGGAACAGAAGGCCGAGGCUCCUUCUCCUGCCCUAAAACCAAGACAGAUGGGAGCCCCAAGAGCACUGGCUCUGCGGUCACCACCUACCACCUGCAGCGGGCACUGCCUGGUGGCAUUAUCCUCAUGGAACUGGCCUUCCAGGGCUGUUACUUCUGUGUCAAACAGUUUGCCCUGGAAUGUUCCCGAAUCCCCAUGGGACAGGCUGUCAACUCUCAGCUGUCGAUGCUGUUCACGGAAGAGUGUGACAGGGUUCGUGACCUGAUGCAUGUGCACUCAUUCAGCUAUGACUUCCACCUGCGCCUCGUGCACCAACAUGUUCUGGGCACCCACCUGGUCCUUCGGCACGGCUACCACCUCACCACCUUCCUGCGACACUUCCUGGCCCAUCACCCUGAUGGGCCCCACUUCGGCCGCAACCACAUUUACCAAGGGACAUUGGAGCUCCCCACCCCACUCAUUGCUGCCCACCAGCUUUACAACUAUGUGGCUGACCAUGCCAGCUCCUACCACAUGAAGCCAUUGCGUAUGGCCCGGCCAGGGGGCCCAGAACAUAAUGAAUAUGCCUUGGUGUCAGCAUGGCACAGCUCUGGCUCCUACCUGGACUCUGAGGGACUUCGUCACCAGGAUGACUUUGAUGUGUCUCUGCUUGUCUGUCACUGUGCUGCACCCUUUGAGGAGCAAGGAGAGGCUGAGCGACAUGUUCUGCGGCUGCAGUUCUUCGUGGUGCUCACCAGCCAACGAGAGCUGUUCCCCAGACUCACUGCUGACAUGCGCCGGUUCCGGAAGCCACCCAGGCUGCCCCCUGAGCCAGAGAUUCCAGGGAGCUCAGCUGGUAGCCCUGGGGAGACCUCAGGGGUUGGUUUGGCCCCUGGACCAGCUCCCCUGUUCCCACCACUGGCUGCAGAGGUGGGUGUCGCACGGGCGCGGCUGGCUCAGCUGGUACGGCUGGCUGGAGGGCACUGCCGUCGGGACACGCUCUGGAAGCGCCUCUUCUUGCUGGAGCCACCAGGACCUGAUCGGCUGCGGCUAGGGGGGCGCCUGGCUCUGGCAGAGCUGGAGGAGCUCCUAGGAGCAGUCCAUGCCAAAUCCAUUGGGGACAUCGACCCGCAGCUGGAUUGCUUCCUGUCCAUGACAGUCUCCUGGUACCAGAGCCUGAUCAAGGUUCUCCUAAGCCGCUUCCCCCAGAGCUGUCGCCAUUUCCAGAGCCCAGACUUGGGAACUCAGUACCUGGUUGUGCUGAAUCAGAAGUUCACUGACUGUUUUGUGCUAGUGUUUCUGGAUUCCCACUUGGGAAAGACGUCUCUGACGGUGGUUUUCCGAGAGCCUUUCCCAGUACAGCCCCAGGACAGCGAGAGCCCCCCUGCCCAGCUGGUGUCCACCUACCACCACCUGGAAUCUGUCAUCAACACAGCUUGUUUCACCCUCUGGACCCGCCUCCUCUGAAGGAGUGGGCCACUGAAUGCCCUUGUUCCUCUCAUCAUGGUCUAUCAGAUUGCGCACCUGAGGCGGGACUGAGCAGCCCUGCUCUGGGCCCCACAACAAGCCCAAACACGGAGUGACACCAAAGGCUUUGCAAAUAUGUCUCGAGGAUCUGCUGCCCCAGCCCAGAAGCAGAGGCUGCUCUUCCCAAACACUCACAGCCACUGACCAGUCCAGGGCUCCAGGGGGUCAGGUAAACUUCAGGUGCCCAUCUCCUCUCUGGCCCCUAGGCCCUUCCAGAAAGGGGCUCCUCCUUCCUGCCCACCUGGUGGAGUCCCAGGAAUUCUUCACACCAGAUGGCAAGCACUCAACCUGAAUCCUGCCUCCAAGUCUUGGAUUGCUCUUUCUCCCCCACCCCCAGCCCUCUGGUCUUUAUUUCCCACUUGGAUAUCACUGUUGGACAUUGCUGUUAUGCAGAGACACCUAGGUUCCGGUCCCAGCUCUGCCUUUGAGUGCCUGUGACCAUGGGCAAGUCCCUUUGCUCUCAGACCUUUGGUUUCUCAUCUGUAAAUGAGGAGGUAGGCUCAGAAGCUCUCCCAUCUCUACAGCAACACUGGCACAGACUGGCAGAGUUGAGCAUGAGCUGUA